AGCAGAGUCUACAGUGUCCAGCUGUCCUUCUAUGAAGAGUGACCGGUCCAAAGACAUUCCUCCAGUCUUCAGUAAUGAACAUGGACCCUCAGACACAAAAGAGAAGAAAGGAAGUCAUGUUUCUGUGGAGAAGCAGUGGUCCUGCUGUGCUUUGUGUCAGGACGUCUUGAAGGAUCAAGUCUCUACCUGUGGACACUGGUUCUGCAGACAGUGCAUCACCUCAUUCUGGGACCAGUCUGCUUCAUCAGGAGACUCCUCCUGUCCCCAGUGUGGAGAAAGAUUGAGAACAAGAGCUGGACUGCAGACAGCCAGUCAGAGCAGCUCUGUACAAACAGAUAGUGGUCUGCAGGAGGUUAUAGAUGAAUAUAAGAUCAGUCUGAAGAGGAGAUGUGAACGUGUGACUGAAGGAACUGAUGAAACAGGAAGUGGAACCCUCCUCAACACGAUCUACACUGAGCUCUACAUCACAGAGGGACAGGUUAAUACCCAACAUGAGGUGUGGCAGCUUGAGACAGUUUCCAAGACUGAGGCCCUCCAUGAAACUCCAAUCAAGUGCCACGGCAUCUUCAAAACCUUACCUGGCCAACAGAGAGACAUCAGAGUGGUUCUGACGUACGGCAUUGCUGGCAUUGGAAAAACCUUCUCAGUGCAGAAGUUCACUCUGGACUGGGCAGAGGGCUUGAAAAACCAAGAUGUCAGUCUGCUGGUUCUGCUCUCGUUCAGGGAGCUGAACUUGAUCAAAGAUGAGCAGCACAGUCUUCUCAUGCUGCUCUAUGUUUUCCAUCCAACAUUACAGAAGGUCCCAGCAGAGAAGCUCGCUGUCUGUAAACUGUUGUUCAUCUUUGACGGCCUGGAUGAAAGCAGACUUUCAAUGGAUUUCCACAACAAUGAGGUUGUGUCUGAUGUCACACAGAAGUCAUCAGUCAACCUGCUGCUGACAAACCUCAUCAAGGGGAAUCUGCUUCCCUCGGCUCUCGUCUGGAUAACUUCCCGACCUGCAGCAGCCAAUCAGAUCCCUCUUUCAUGUGUUGACAGGUUAACAGAAGUACGAGGCUUCACUGACGCCCAGAAGGAGGAGUACUUCAGGAGGAGAGUCAGUGAUGAAGAGCUGUCCAGCAGAAUCAUCUCACACAUCAAGACCUCCAGGAGCCUCCACAUCAUGUGUCUAAUCCCAGUCUUCUGCUGGAUCACUGCUACAGUUCUGGAUCACAUGUUGACUACAGACCAGACAGGAGAGCUGCCCAAGACCCUGACUGACCUGUACUCACACUUCCUGCUGGUUCAGACAAAGAGGAAGAAGCAGAAGUAUAAUGAGGGACAUGAGACGAGUCCACAGGAGCUGAUGAAGGCUGACAGGAAGGUUCUUCUGAAGCUGGGGAAGUUGGCGUUUGAACAUCUGGAGAAAGGAAACAUCAUGUUCUACCAAGAAGACCUGGAGCAGUGUGGUCUUGAUGUCAAAGAGGCCUCGGUGUACUCAGGAGUUUGUACAGAGAUCUUCAAAAGAGAGAGUGUGAUCCUCCAGAAAACAGUCUACUGCUUUGUUCAUCUGAGCGUUCAGGAGUUUCUGGCUGCAGUCUACAUGUUCCACUGUUACACCAACAAGAACACAAAGGUACUGGAGAACUUCCUGGGGAAGACACCCUUGGAUGUCUUCCUGAGGAAAGCAAUGGAGAAUUCAUUUGAAAGUAAAAAUGGCCACCUAGACCUGUUUGUUCGCUUCCUUCAUGGCCUCUCUCUGGAGUCCAACCAGAGACUCUUAGGAGGCCUGCUGGGUCAGACAGACAACAGUCCAGAAAUCAUCCAGAGAGCCAUCAACAACCUAAAGGAGAUGAACAGUGAUAAGAUCUCUCCUGACAGAAGCAUCAACAUCUUCCACUGUCUGAUAGAGAUGAACGACCACUCAGUUCAUCAGGAGAUCCAAGAGUUCCUGAAGUCAGAGAACAGAUCAAAGACGGAACUCUCAGAGAUCCACUGCUCAGCUCUGGCCUACAUGCUGCAGAUGUCUGAGGAGGUUCUGGAUACGUUUGACUUGAAGAAGUACAACACAUCAGAGAAGGGACAAUGGAGACUGAUUCCAGCUGUGAGGAACUGCAGAAAGGCUCUACUUUCUGGCUGUGGACUCUCAGAGACUCACUGUGAAUUUGUGGCCUCAGCUCUGAAGUCCAACCCCUCAAAUCUAAAAGAGUUGGACCUGAGUCACAACAAGCUGCAGUAUUCAGGAGUAAAGCUGCUGUCUAUUGGAUUGGAGAGUCCAAACUGUAGACUCGAGACUCUGAGAUUGUGGGGCUGCAGGUUGUCAGAGAGCAGCUGUGCUUCUCUGGCCUCAGCUCUGAAGUCCAACCCCUCCCAUCUGAGAGAACUGCAGCUGAGUAACAACAAGCUGCAGGAUUCAGGAGUUAAGCUGCUGUGUGAUUUUCUGAGGAGUCCACACUGUAGACUGGAGGCUUUGAGAUUGUGGGACUGCACUUCAGAGAUCAGCUGUGCUUCUCUGGCCUCAGCUCUGAAGUCCAACCCCUCCCAUCUGAGAGAGCUGCAGCUGAGUAACAACAAGCUGCAGGAUUCAGGAGUGACGCUGCUGUGCAAUUUUCUGGAGAGUUCACACUGUAGACUGGAGACUCUGAGAUUGUGGGACUGCAGUUUGUCAGAGAGCAGCUGUACUUCUCUGGCCUCAGCUCUGAAAUUCAACCCCUCCCAUCUGAAAGAGCUGCAGCUGGGUGGAAAUGAGCUGCAGGAUUCAGGAGUGAAGCUGCUGUGUGAUUUUCUGGAGACUCUACGCUGUGAACUGGAGACUCUGAGCAAACAGCCCGACUGAACAGACCGCUCCGACCGCCGUCCAAGGAAGGGUUUCAAGUGUACAUCACCCCCAGCAGGUUGACCCCCGACAAGUACUGAUGGCGUUUCCUGACUCCAAAUACAAUGUUCAAAGCUUCGCGUUCCAGUUGAGCAUAAUUGGUCUCUGCUUUGUUUAACGUCCUUGACGCAAAAGCGAUCAGCUUCUCCAUGCCGUCCGGCAAAAUGUGAGAGAUCACCGCCCCGUCACCGUAAGGAGAGGCGUCGCAGGCGAGCUGAAUUGGAAGCGAUGGGUUGAAGUGGGUAAGGACCUCAGAUGAUGUAAGUGCAUCUUUUGCCCUUUGAGCUUCCUGACAGCUGGCCGUCCACUUCCAUGCUUUCUCCUUUUGUAGAAGGUCAUGCACUGGUUUCAGUAGUGAUGCCAAGUUUGGAAUGAAGCGUCCAUAAUAGUUCAAUAGCCCCAAGAAAGACCUUAACUGAUUGAUAUUUUCGGACGGUGGUGCAUCCACAAUGGCUGUGGUUUUUGGGUUUUAGGUAGUGUUAAAAGAGUUGAUCU